GGACCCUCCUUGUCUCUGGUAAAUUCCAUCGCAUCUUCUUCUUCCUCUUCUUCUUCUUAUAGUUAAAAGUUUUAAAAUUAAAACGGUCAAUUCAAAUGUCUGGUUCAUUAGCCAUGUUCCAAGGAAUUUCCCUCUUCACCUUGACUUGAAGCUCUCACAAGUCAAUGAUCCAAUAAAACGGUAAUGAGCCAUAUCCACACCUUAUUUCACUUCCUUUUCUUUCUCCCUAUUUCUGCUUCUUCCAUCCACGCCAAGCUUCAUAGCUGCAGAAUUAUGCUUUUGGAGCUUGGAUCUUCCUUCUGGUUCUGAUUGUUUUCUUGCAAUUUUGCUUGAAUUAUUGGUUGUACAGUUUAAUUUGCUACUGUAUACUGAAAUACUCUCCAACCCGUUUGUGGAGCAAGCAAUUUUACUUGGGGGGCAGUGUUCAACUCUUGUAUUAUUAGAUAAUAUAGAUUGGAUUCCGUACUUUUAUUUAUAGUUCCUACAAACAGAAGAUUAAAGGUUAGAAAUCUAAUUUUUCUUAAUCUCGAGUUUAUUAAACUGUAUUCCUUGCAAUUUGAAUAUAUCAUUCAUCAGGACCUUGUUUUUCAAAUCAAAGUAAAGAACUCAUAAGAAUUGAAUUAUUACAAUUUUUUUUAAUUACUAAUAUGAUUGUAAUUAAAUGGAAAGAAAAAACCAAAUAAUUAUUAUGCAUGAAACGUGAACAUUUUACAAUUAAUAGAGAAGCAGAAAGAAGCUGUAUAACUCUAUAUGCAAACAAAUUAUGAUUGUCAUAGGUGUUGAAUGCUAAAUUUUAUUAUAAGCAAGUCCGUGGACAACUUCGUUUGGGUUGUAUGAUGGCCUCUCGAGCCCUGAAGUUGGCUUUGUUCCGUGACUUGCUGGACUUUUGACUUGGUUGACAAUCAGUCCUAGUGGGCACAUUUCAAUUUAUUAAUAUUUUGUGGCUGAAUAAAAUUGUUGAUGUGUUUUGGAAACAAAUUAUGCUUUGCAUUUGAUUUUACAGCUUUUAGAUUUCCUUAAUUGUUAUUCAUGGCUGUUUCUUCUGAGUGGUAGGAGCUAUAUAGAGGAGUGUAGCAGACAAAAUUUGCUUAAUGGUAGUAGAAUAUAAAUUGAAUCAAUAAGCAAGUGACAUCAUCCAAGUUCACUGUAGGUUCCUUAUAGGAUCUGGCAUAAAUGUCACUGGAGCUCAUACCUAUAGGAACAAUUUUGGCUGUGCUGACGAGUCAGGUCCUGAAAACAGCUCAGGCUGCAAAAGAUGUUAUAUUUGAGAAGGAAAGUUUCAAGGUUCUGUCAAAGCAUCUGUUUGAUAUUGAACCUGUGUUAAAGGAAUUGCAACUUAAAAAAUUGAAUGAUUCUCAAGCUGCAAGGCUAGCACUUGAAACACUUGAAUCAGAUGUCAAGAAGGCAAAUAACUUGGUUGAGAAAUAUAAAAAUCGAGGCCGUUUCUAUUUAUUGUUGAGGUGCCGUCACAUUGUCAACGAGGUACAGGAAGUCACUAGGGAUAUUGGAAGAUCUUUAGCUGCAUUAUCACUUGCCAAUACUGAGGUCCUUGCAGAAAUAUCUGACCAGGUGAAUAGGCUACAGAAUGAAAUGCAAAGAGUGGAAUUUGAAGCAUCACAUUCUCAGCUUCAAAUUGUUGACAAAUUAAACCAGGGUCUUCGAGAUCAGAAACUCGAUCAGGGUUUUGCAAAUGAUAUGCUGGAAGAAAUAGCCCGGGCAGUUGGGGUACCUGUAGAACCUUCAGAGAUAAGCAAAGAAUUGGCAAGCUUUAGAAAGGAAAAAGAAGAAGCUGCCAACCGGAAAGAGAGGGCCGAAGUUCUCUUCUUAGAACAGGUUAUUGAGCUGCUUUCUCGAGCUGAUGCUGCCCGAGACUAUGAAGAAGUCAAGAAGCAGUAUUUUCAGAGGGUUCAAGUGAUAGAACGGUAUGAUGAGAGGGAGGAAUAUAUAGUUCCUCUUACUCCUUUCCUUUGUUGUAUAAAUGGGACCGUGAUGAAUGAUCCUGUUAGCCUUUGCACUGGUACUACAUGCGAGAGAGCUGCCAUUGAAGCUUGGUUUGACUGUGGACAGAGAACUGACCCAGAAACUGGUGAGAUUCUUGAGGACAUAACUUUGAGGUCAAACCUUCCCCUUAGACAAUCAAUAGAGGAAUGGAGAGAACUGAAUUAUUGCCUUAGAAUAAGAACUUGUAAGGCAAAGUUGUUAUCAAAUGUGGACUCCUUAGUGGAAGAUGCCUUAAGCCAAAUGCAGGAUAUGAUGAGGGAAAACUCUAUAAACAAGGAUUGGGUAUCUAUAGGAGGCCUUACAGACAUUGUCAUAUCUAUCCUUGGGAGCUCUCAUAACAAAGAUGUAAAGAGGAAGAUUUUAGUUACUUCAAAGGAUAUAGCUGAAGGGCAUGCAAAGAAUAAGGAAAAAUUGAUCAACCAUGAAGGUUGGGAUCACAUUAUUCCCUGCUUAGCUCGUGACUCGAGCAUCUCCAAGGCUGCAGUGGAAUUGCUAUUUGAGUUGUUGCAAGAGAGGUCUGGUUGGAAUGUUUCUGUUUGCAGGAAACUUUCACAACAGUGCAGUGCAAUUCUUUUCCUUGUCACCCUCUUGAAUAGUCCUGUCACAGAAUCAGCAGUUUAUGCUGAAAAAAUCUUGAAUAAACUUUUUGAAGUUGAUGAGGAGAAUAUUCCCCGUGCUGCAAAAUCAGGCUGGUACAAGCCACUUGUUGAUCGGAUUGUACAAGGGCCAGAGUCUUCAAGGAUUUUGAUGGUCAGAGCUAUAGUUAAUAUGGAAUUCGUUGAUUCAAACUUAAAGGUACUUGGUGAGGAAGGGAUAAUACCUCCUUUGCUUGAAAUGGUGGGAUCUGGAAAUAUCGGAUCAAAGGAGUUGUCCUUGUCUGCUUUGCUUAAGCUAUCUGAUUGCAAUUUAAACAAAGAGCUUAUUGCUGCUGCUGGUGGGCUUUCUGUUGUUUUAAAACUAAUGUUCUCUCCCCGCAUACGAACAAUUAUUAUUAUUAAAUGUGCUGAAAUCCUAGAGAAAAUAUCCUCUUCUGAUGAUGGAAUUAAGUACUUCAUUGAUGAAAAUGGAACCCAGCUCGACUUAGAACCAAUUAUCAUGAAUUUGUUAGGUUUGCAACAGGUCCCAAGCUCAUCCCACAGUGUUCGGAGGCCUGCAUUACGCGCACUUCUCGGGAUAUGCAAGUUUGAUGCAGGGUUGGUUAAGACUGCAGUUCUUACUGCCAAUGGUGUAUCUUUAAUACUUCCCCUUCUUGAUGACACAGAUUCAGAAAUUCGUGAAAUUGCAAUUACUCUUCUUUUCCUCUUCUCCCAUCAUGAACCGCAGGGAGUGGUGGAAUACCUGCUUAAGCCGAAAAGGCUGGAGGCUUUGGUUGGGUUUCUUGAGAAUGAUGACAAGGGAGAUGUACAGAAGGCUGCUGCUGGUUUAUUGGCCAAUCUUCCCAAAUCUGAGGUAACACUGACUAUGAAACUAGUUGAGUUGGAUGGGCUUAUUGCACUCAUAAACAUCAUAAGAACAGGGGACAUGGAAUCAAAAGAAAAUGCUCUAAGUGCACUGUUCAGGUUCACAGAUCCCACAAAUCUUGAGUCACAACGUAUUGUAGUUGAACUAGGAGCUUACCCUUUGCUUGUAAACUUACUGAGAACUGGUUCUGUAACUGCAAAGGCAAGAGCAGCAGCACUUAUUGGUGAUCUUUCCAUGAGCAGUCCGAAGCUUGUUAUUGUCUCCAAUCCAACUGGCUGCUGGUGUUUUCGGCCAACACGCCCUAAUUUAUGUCCAGCACAUGGAGGCAUAUGUGGUGUAACAACUACAUUUUGUCUCUUGAAGGCAAAUGCGUUGCCUUCCUUGGUAGAACUCUUGCAUGGAGAGACUCCUGCUACUGCUCAUGAAGCAAUUCAUACGCUCUCCACACUGGUUCAGGAAGGCUCUCCUAACAGAGGGGCCAAUGUGUUGCAUGAGGCUGACGCCAUACAGCCUGUGAUAGAGAUUUUAAGUCGGGGAACAGAUUCUCUAAAAGAAGAGGCUUUGACACUCUUGGAGAAGGUAUUUUUGUCAAGGGACAUGGUGGAAUACUAUAAAUCAACAACUAGGUUUCUUCUUGUUAGCCUUACAGGGAGGAAUGUUCAUGAGGAUAGCGGAAUUGGGAGGAAGGCUACAAGAGUUUUAUCACUUCUCGAACGCUAUUCAAGAUCAUCAACGUCUCUUGUGCCUGGACUAUUUUCAUGAACAGAUCAGUUAGGCCUCAUCUCCAUUAUUCAGGAUUCAGGAAUUCUCUGUAAAUGAAUACUUACAACAUUAGUUUACUUGAUCUUUUGGUUAUCUUACUCUCAGAGUCAGGAUCUCAUGUUGCAGCAGUGUCAUGGUUUUUUGUGUUGCUAUUUUUUCCACCCUAUUUUUCUUAGAUGGACCUGAACAGGCACAUCUAAUGUCAACUAAUGGUUGCAUUUAGAUAUCUCAAUGAUAUUUAUUUAUUGAUUUUGGGUUCA